CACAUCUCAACUCGGCGCCUCUUUCACCACUCCGCAACACAAACAUCCCAAGCCCGCCAUGCCGCCCUCGCAGCCGAAGAAGCCGGACUUGUCCGCGGCCAACAAGGAGCGCAACGAAUACAUCCCCUCCUUUAUCUCGAAAGCGCCCUUCUACGCCGUCGACGAGAACGGCGAAGAGAACGACUACCUCGAGCAUCAGCGUCUACAGAAGCAAGAACAAGACUCAAAAUGGUACGAUCGAGGGAAGAAGAUCGGGCCGGCCGCGACCAAGUUCCGUAAGGGCGCAUGCGAGAAUUGCGGAGCCAUGACACACAAGAAAAGGGACUGCUUAAGCCGGCCGCGCAAAGCUGGCGCAAAGUUUACCGGCAAGAACAUCGAGGCGGAUGAGGUCGUCCAAGACGUGCAAUUGGGAUUUGAUGCCAAGCGCGAUCGAUGGAACGGUUACGACGCGUCAGACUUCACCGAGGUCAUCGAAGAAUACAACGAGAUGGAACAGCUGCGGAAGAAGGCCAAGGAGGCCGAGAAGGAUGACGACAAGUCUGGCGACGAGGACGAUGAUGGCGACAAGUACGACGCUGAGACGGACAUGGGCAGGAAGCAGGCUACCUCCACACGGAAUCUGCGACUGCGAGAGGACACGGCCAAAUAUCUGCUGAACCUCGACUUGGACUCGGCCAAAUACGAUCCCAAAACACGAUCCAUGGUAGACAGCGGCGUGACUUCGGACAAUGCAGCCAAGCUGGUAGCAGAGGAAGGUUUUAUGCGGGCGUCUGGCGACGCUGCAGAGUUUGAGAGGGCACAGCGGUACGCUUGGGAGACACAAGAGCGUGGGGACAAGAACAAGCUUCAUCUGCAGGCAAAUCCCACUUCAGGGGAAGUAAUGCGCAAAAAGGAGUUGAAGGAGGCGGAGGAAAAGGCAGAAGCCAAGAGGAAGGCUUUGGCUGCAAAGUACGGAACCCAAGAAAAGUUCACAGACGACACACUCCGCAAGACCGGUGUCACAGAGUCCGAGCGAUACGUCGAGUACGAUGAACGGGGCGGCAUCAAAGGAGCACCAAAGAUCAAAGCCAAAUCUAAGUACGCCGAGGACAUUCAUCCCAACAAUCACACGUCAGUCUGGGGCAGCUGGUGGUCGGACUUUCAAUGGGGGUUUGCCUGCUGUCACUCAACAACUAAGAAUUCUUACUGUACGGGCGAUGCAGGUAAAGAUGCCUUCGAACUCGCAGACCGGAUACGCACUGGCGCUGAACUGGACGAGGUCCCUAAAGCUAUUGCUUGGAAAGAAGAAGAAGCUCUCCAAGAACAUGUGCCCAAUGCGCCAGACCGCGCCGAGAAGGCGAAACAAGACGCUGCAAGCCGGAAGAGAACGCUAGAAAUGAUGUCAAAUGGGGUGACGGAGGAGGAAAUGGACGAGUACAGACGCAAGCGCACCAUGGCAGCAGAUCCUAUGGCCGCUUACCUGGCGCAGGGCAGUAAGGGUGAGGCCAUCUGAGUAUCUUUUUCGCCCGAUCUUUUUGUCAGGUCUAGAAUAUGUAGCAUCGCGUGGCGUUCAUACCCAAUAGUAUCAUUCAGCGUAGCAUAUGAAAUCACCCAGUUCGUGAG